AUGGAUGAGGCAGAAUGUGUUGUGCCUGAAUUUUUUGCCAAUGAGCGAUUUGCUUAUUAUAUUAUCGCCAACCAUCUAUUUGGACUUAUCACUGCUAUUGCACGUACAGAAAAUUUCAAAAUCCCUCGUCAGGAAUACAAUGAUUAUUGCCAAUGGGCUGCUCAUCAAUUACCCAAUGUGGUUUUUGAUAGUCAUGUAAAAAGUGUCGAAAAAUCCAGCUGUGGCGUGGGCUAUGUGGUUACUGUCAUACAAAAUGGCAUCAGUCACCGCUACCAUGCUCGUCAUGUGGUCAUUGGGACAGGUACACAGCCGACCUUGCCGAAAGUAUUACAGGCUGUCGCUAAUGACAUGCCUAAUCGUUGUAUGCACUCUGCUAACUUUGCCCGUCAGUUUGAUUUGUCCGCACUAAAAAAGCACAUCGAUAUUCCACAUAUUUUGGUUAUCGGGUCAGGGCAGUCCUCAGCUGAAGUGUAUCGUCAUCUGUUGCAACAGCAGUACACCGAUAGCAAGCUUAAUUAUGAGCUAGACUGG